AUGAGACUGGCCGAACACCAUCAAAGUGAAGGAAUUAACGUCAGCGGUGAUGAGAUAACGCCUAGAAGCCUCUUCUUCAACAACCUCGGGCAGACAAUUGCUUUGGCAACGUUAAACUCUUCUAUCUUUCCUUUCUUUCUUUCUUUCUUUCUUUCUUUCUUUCUUUCUUUCUUUCACCAAAACCCAAGUACAGAUAGCUUAAACAUUUCUUUCUUUUUUUCUUUCUUUCUUUCUUUCUUUCUUUCUUUCUUUCUUUCUUUCUUUCUUUCUUACCAAACCCCAAGUAAUGGCAGGAUAGGUGAAACAUGUCUGUCUGUCUUCCUUCCUUUCUUUCUUUCUUUCUUUCUUUCUUUCUUUCUUUCUUUCUUUCUUUCUUUCUUUCUUUCUUUCACAAAACCCCAAGUACACUAUUUUAAAAAAAAAUUCUUUCUUUUUUCUUUCCUUUUACUUCCUUCUUUUCUUUUGUCUAUUCAAUUUUUUUUCUUUUGA